CGCGAACGCGCCGGGAGCGUCCCCAGGCUCGGGAGCGCGCCUCGUGGAUGACAACAAAUUCGUCGCGCGGCGGCCGAGGAGGUGUCAGCCGCCUCCUGUCGCGCGCUCCCGUGUCCGGGCCGAGGAGGAUCCCCUCGGGAGUCCCUGCCCCGGACGCCGGGGCCGCCUCUGCGCCGGGUCCUUGCCGGGCCUGCGACCGGGUGUCCGGCGCGGGCGAUGCCGUCGGCCUGAGGGCGCCCGGCGGUGAGCGGGCAUGAAGGGGCCGCGCCGGGCUUAGGCCCCGCCGCGGCCCGGGGACGCCGGCCGGGCCCCGGAGCGCCUUCGCGGCCGGAGCCGGAGCCUGGGCCCCGCCGCCGCCGCCCUCAGCCGCCGCCAUGCCGUGGCCGUUUUCCGAGUCCAUCAAGAAGAGGGCCUGUCGGUACCUCCUGCAGAGGUACCUGGGCCACUUCCUGCAGGAGAAGCUGAGCCUGGAGCAGCUCAGCCUGGACCUGUACCAGGGCACCGGGUCCAUAGACCUGGUCCCUAUGAAUGCCUGGAGCCUCAAUGAAAUCUUGGAGUCGGCUGAUGCGCCUUUAGAAGUCACAGAAGGAUUCAUCCAGUCCAUCUCUCUGUCGGUGCCAUGGGGCUCCUUGCUGCAGGAUAACUGUGCCCUGGAAGUGAAGGGCUUAGAGAUGGUCUUCCGGCCGAGACCGCGCCUAGCAACUGGUUCUGAGCCCAUGUAUUGGUCAAGUUUCAUGACCAGCAGUAUGCAGUUGGCAAAAGAAUGUCUCAGCCAGAAACUAACUGAUGAACAAGGAGAAGGAUCCCAGCCCUUUGAAGGACUUGAGAAGUUUGCUGAAACCAUUGAAACAGUACUAAGAAGAGUGAAAGUCACUUUUAUAGACACUGUUUUGAGAAUUGAACAUGUGCCAGAAAAUUCUAAAACUGGAACUGCACUUGAAAUUCGAAUAGAAAGAACUGUGUACUGUGAUGAAACUGCCGAUGAAUCCUCAGGAAUUAAUGUACAUCAGCCCACAGCUUUUGCUCACAAGUUGCUUCAGCUCUCUGGAGUAUCUCUCUUCUGGGAUGAGUUUUCUGCAUCAGCAAAAUCUUCCCCAGUGUGUUCAACAGCACCAGUGGAAUCUGAGCCAAAGUUGUCACCUAGCUGGAACCCCAAAAUUGUUUAUGAGCCACACCCACAGUUAACUAGAAAUUUACCCGAGCUAGCGCCCUCUGACCCAGUGCAGAUCGGAGGGCUAAUUGGUAGGUUGGAGUUAAGUCUCACCUUGAAACAGAAUGAAGUGCUUCCUGGAGCAAAGUUGGAUGUUGAUGGACAGAUAGACUCUAUUCAUCUGUUCCUGUCACCAAGACAGGUGCACUUGCUUUUGGAUAUGUUAGCAGCUGUUGCUGGACCAGAAAAUUCUAGCAAAAUAGGGUUAGCUAAUAAAGAUAGGAAAAAUCGACCUAUGCAGCAGGAAGACGAGUAUCGAAUUCAGAUGGAAUUAAACCGGUAUUAUUUGAGAAAAGAUUCCCUCUCUGUGGGUGUAUCUUCAGAGCAAAGCUUUUAUGAGACAGAAACGGCUCGUACGCCAUCUAGCCGUGAAGAAGACGUUUUCUUCUCCAUGGCUGAUAUGGACAUGUCUCAUAGCCUCUCUUCUCUUCCACCCCUUGGGGACCCCCCAACCAUGGACCUGGAGUCAUCCUUGCCUGGCACUUACACGAACACCCCAGCAGGAUCGCCGCUGAGUGCUACUGUGGUAGAGCAUUUCAUUUUUGUUCAGUCUGGAAAAGUUGCUUCUGAAAUUUUGCACUUUAUUCAUGUGCUUUUAAAAACUGCUCUUCCUUCAAGGUCUGUUUCGGUGGACGAAUCCAGGCCUGAGCUUAUUUUCAGACUGGCUGUGGGAGCUCUCUCAGUCUCUGUGCUUCACAUUGAUCCUCUGUCUCCACCGGAGACGGCCUCGAAGCUUAACCCCUUGACAUCCAUGGCGAUAGCUUUCUUCACUUGUAUAGAGAAGAUCGAUCCAGAAGGAUUUUCAACAGAGGACUUUAAGUCCUUCCGGGCAGUGUUUGCAGAAGCUUGCUCACACGAUCACCUUCGGUUUAUAGGUACUGGAAUCAAAAUAUCCUAUGAACAAAGACAAAGAUCAGCUUCCCGUUAUUUUAGUACUGAUGUUUCCAUUGGGCAAAUGGAGUUUUUGGAGUGCCUGUUUCCAAGUGAUUUUCAUUCUGUUCCUCCUCACUAUACAGAGCUUUUGACGUUCCAUUCCAAAGAAGGAGCUGACGCCCAUGCCCUUGCGUGUCUUCAGCUUCAUUACAAGCACUGUGAGACCAGAGGACCCCAGGGUAGUCAAGCAAGGCUUAGUUCAGUUCCUCAGAAGGCAGAAUUACAAAUUAAAUUAAAUCCAGUAUGUUGUGAACUGGAUAUCAGUAUUGUGGACAGGUUAAAUUCCUUGCUUCAACCACAAAAACUUACUACGGUAGAAAUGAUGGCAUCUCACAUGUAUACUUCAUACAAUAAGCAUAUUAGUCUGCACAAGGCUUUUACUGAAGUAUUUCUAGAUGACUCACAUAAUCCUGCAGACUGGCGGAUAUCGGUGCAAGUCGCCACACCAGCACUGAAUCUUUCUGUUCGCUUCCCAAUACCUGAUCUUCGAUCAGAUCAAGAGAGAGGCCCGUGGUUUAAGAAGUCUCUUCAGAAGGAGAUCCUUCACUUGGCAUUCACAGAUCUAGAAUUUAAGACGGAAUUUAUAGGAGGAUCAGCUCCAGAACAAAUUAAAUUGGAACUUACCUUUAGAGAACUCUUUGGGUCAUUCCAGGAAGAGAAAGGAGAACCAUGUGUCCAGUUUCUCCAGGCGUCUAGUGGGGUGGAUGGAGAUACAGCGUCAGCAGAUGACUUUGACUGGCCACGAAUAGUAUUGAAAAUCAGCCCACCUGCCAUGCACUCCAUUUUGGAGAGAAUAGCAGCUGAGGAAGAAGAGGAGCAUGAUGGUCACUACCAGGAGGAAGAGGAGGGCGGCGCACACUCCCUGAAGGAUGUCUGUGAUCUGAGGCGACCAGCCCCGUCUCCUUUCUCUUCUCGGAGAGUGAUGUUUGAGAACGAGCAGAUGGUGAUGCCUGGAGACCCUGUAGAAAUGACAGAGUUUCAGGACAAAGCGAUCAGCAAUUCUCACUACGUGCUGGAGCUGACGUUCCCAAACAUUCACAUGACACUGCCUAAUAAAGGCUUUUAUGAGAAGCUUUAUAAUAGGGUCUUUAAUGACUUGCUACUGUGGGAACCCACGGCUCCUUCACCGGUAGAGACAUUUGAAAAUCUUUCCUAUGGUGUUGGGCUUUCAGUGGCCAGCCAGCUGAUUAAUACCUUCAACAAAGAUAGUUUUAGUCCAUUUAAAUCAACAGUUCAUUAUGAUGAGGAAAGUGGAUCUGAGGAGGAGACUUUGCAGUAUUUUUCUACUAUUGAUCCCAACUAUCGUUCCCGUAGGAAAAAAAAACUCGACUCUCAAAACAAGAACUCACAGAGUUUUCUCUCAGUUCUUUUGAACAUUAAUCAUGGAUUAAUGGCGGUGUUCACAGAUGUAAAGCAAGAUAAUGGAGAUCUGUUGGAAAACAAGCAUGGUGAAUUCUGGUUAGAGUUCAAUAGUGGCUCAUUAUUUUGUGUGACGAAAUAUGAAGGUUUUGAUGACAAGCACUACAUUUGCCUUCAUUCUAACAGUUUCAGUCUGUACCACAAAGGUGUGGUGGAUGGAGUGAUUCUUCCCGCAGAAGCCCGCCUGCCCACUUCAGCCCGCCCGCACUGGUUGGAGCCUACCAUCUAUUGCUCUGAAGAAGACGGCCUCAGUAGAACUGCCUCGGAUGGGGUGGGGGGAGAGAAUCCGAAUAUGCUCUCAGUAGCGGUGAAAAUCCUGUCUGAUAAGUCAGAGUCCAACACCAAGGAAUGUCUCAUUGCUGUGGGACUGAGAGGAGCCACUCUGCAGCACGCGGUGCUUCCUGCCGGGCUCAGCUGGCACGAGCAGAUUUUAUACUUUUUGAAUAUUGCUGAUGAACCUGUUCUGGGAUAUAAUCCUCCAACUUCACUUACAACUUUCCAUGUUCAUCUUUGGAGCUGUGCACUUGAUUAUAGACCACUUUAUUUGCCGAUCCGAUCUCUUCUUACCGUGGAGACAUUCAGCAUUUCUAGUAGUGUUGCACUGGACAAAUCCUCUUCUACUCUCAGAAUAAUCUUGGAUGAAGCAGCUUUACAUCUGUCUGACAAAUGUAACGCUGUUGCUGUCAAUCUGAGUAGAGAUUACGUGCGAGUGAUGGACAUGGGGCUUUUGGAAUUAACCAUAACUGCAGUCAAGUCCGAUUCUGGUGGAGAAUCCGAGUCCUGCUUUGAGUUGCACUGUUCCAGCGACGUUGUCCACAUCAGAACCUGCUCAGACUCCUGUGCAGCCUUAAUGAACCUCAUCCAGUACAUGGCGAGCUACGGGGACUUGCACGCACCCGACACGGCAGAAGUGAAGCCUGGAGCCCCUCAGAGAAAGUCAGAGGUAGAUUCUGGUGGCCGCUCAUCCUCCCGUGGUCCAGUGCUUCCCGAAGCAGAUCAGCAGAUCUUACGAGACCUGAUGAGUGACGCUAUGGAGGAGAUCGAUAUACAGCAAGCCACUGCCUCUGGGAAACCGCAAGCCAAUGGUGUUUCGGAUGAAAUUUCUCAAAUCCAGGAGCCUUGCUGCUCUGACCUCUUCCUGUUUCCUGAUGAGAGUGGGAAUGCGUCCCAGGAGCCUGGUCCCACCUACACCGCGUUUACUCACCACUUGAUUGGUGAUGCAGUGACAGGUGCGCCCACUGAAAAUGAUGACUUUUGCAUCCUAUUUGCACCAAAAGCCGCCCUCCAGGAGAAGGAGGAAGAACCAGUGAUAAAGAUCAUGGUUGAUGACACAAUUGUGAUAAAAGACAAUUACUUUAGCCUGCCUGUUAAGAAGACAGAUAGCAGCAAAACCCCAUUGCACUUUCCACUCCCCGUAACUCGGUAUGUCGUUAAGGAAGUCUCUCUCGUCUGGCAUCUUUAUGGAGGAAAAGAUUUCGGAGCAGGACCCCCUACUUCUCCAGCAAAAAGUUAUGUGAGUCCGCACAGUUCACCUUCUCACACACCCACAAGACACGGUCGCAGUACAGCGUGUGGCGGGAAAGGAAGGAACCAUGACUUUUUAAUGGAAAUACAGUUAAGCAAGGUGAAGUUUCAGCACGAGAUCUACCCGCCCUGCAAACCCGAGUGCGGCCCCAGUCUCGCGGAGCACCCGGUCUCCCGGCAGGUGUUCGUCGUGCAGGACCUUGAAAUCCGAGACCGCCUGGCAACGUCACAAAUGAACAAGUUCCUGUACCUCUACUGCAGCAAGGAGAUGCCUCGGAAAGCUCAUUCGAACAUGCUGACAAUCAAGGCCUUGCACGUGCGCCCGGAGUCUGGCAGGUCACCCCAGGAAUGCUGCCUGAGAGUGUCGCUGAUGCCGCUUCGCCUCAACAUCGACCAGGAUGCCUUAUUCUUCCUGAAGGAUUUCUUCACAAGUCUCUCUACAGAAGUGGAGGUUCUCAUGACCCCAGACCCGGAAGUUAAAAAGUCUCCUGGAGCUGAUGUUACCUGCAGCUUGCCGAGGCAUUUGAGCACUUCAAAGGAGCCAGAUCUGGUUCUUUCUUUCCCCGAGCCCAGGCAGCCUUCCCUAAACGAUAGCGCCGGCCCCCUGGGAGAGGCUGCCGGGGCAGAAGCGGACUUCUCAGCGGAAGACGCGUCACUCAGCGGCCAGCCGGUGUUCUUCAGGGAAUUUAGAUUCACAUCGGAAGUUCCUAUUCGGCUUGAUUAUCAUGGCAAACACGUAUCCAUGGAUCAGGGUACACUAGCGGGGAUUUUGAUUGGCCUGGCUCAGUUGAACUGCUCUGAGCUGAAGCUGAAGCGGCUCUUCUAUCGGCAUGGUUUGCUAGGUGUUGACAAGUUAUUCUCAUAUGCAAUCACUGAGUGGCUUAAUGACAUUAAGAAGAACCAGUUACCAGGAAUCCUGGGAGGUGUGGGGCCUCUGCACUCACUGGUACAGUUAGUGCAAGGCCUGAAGGACCUGGUCUGGCUGCCCAUCGAGCAGUACCGGAAGGACGGUCGCAUCGUGCGAGGGUUCCAAAGGGGUGCUGCCUCCUUUGGUACCUCCACAGCGAUGGCCGCGCUAGAACUCACGAACAGAAUGGUUCAGACCAUACAGGCCGCGGCGGAGACUGCGUAUGACAUGGUGUCUCCUGGGACGCUUUCUAUCGAGCCCAGGAAGACGAAGAGGUUUCCUCACCACCGCCUGGCCCGCCAGCCGGUAGACCUGCGGGAAGGUGUAGCCAAGGCCUACAGUGUUGUGAAGGAGGGAAUCGCAGACACGGCUCAGACCAUCUACGAGACGGCGGCUCGGGAACACGAGAGCAGGGGCGUCACUGGUGCCGUGGGCGAAGUCCUGCGCCAGAUCCCGCCAGCAGUGGUGAAACCUCUGAUCGUUGCCACAGAAGCAACAUCAAACGUUCUAGGUGGCAUGAGAAACCAGAUCCGACCAGAUGUGCGGCAGGAUGAAUCGCAGAAGUGGCGCCAUGGGGAAGACUGACUCCCAGCGCGACGCCUGGGGAGACCCGAGGGCGGGAACGCGAGCGUAGUGCCCCGGCGGCAGCUUUAGAGGGGACUCAUUUCAUUUUAUUGUGCUCAUCUCAGGAACAGAGGCAUUUUUUAGUUAAAUAACAAUGUCGAAACAACGUGCAGCCAGCAGCUUCGGACGGUGUAGGGCUGGUUUGGUGCCUGCCUGCAGACACGCUUGGUGGCUGGUGUCAAAGGGCCUUGAAGUGUUUGCUGCCAAGUUAGUGAAAUGCUUACGUCCAUUCAGAUAGCUGUACUUCCUGUUACAGACCAGAUCUCAUUGGAAACCUCCUUUUACAGCUCGGAAACAUUGGGGAGCACUUUUUUUUUUUUUCGGGGGGGGGGCACCUGUCGGGUCCAGGUCUCACCUCCCCCACGCCAAAGCAGUGGGAGGUGAGCUGCUGCCCCUGGUGGCUCCAGGCGCGGAAUCUCACCCGCGGCCAUGGCCAAGGCCGGGUGGUUUUCAGCCAACACUGUUGGAGAGCACUCUUGAAACACUAUAGGUAGAGCUCUGGGGAGUUCUGCUCAUGGUUUAAGAAGAGUCACAGCCUCAACAGUUCCUUCGGACAGAGACAAAGCCCCAGGGAGCAGAGCGCAGAGGAUUGUCAGAAAUGCCGGCGAGGAGACGCCGCUCGGUCGGAGUCCGUGUCGGUGCACUGGGAGCGGCGGCGGCGGCGCUCCUGUUGGCUCAGCCCCUGCCGUUCUGCUGUCGCACUUUAUCCCGUGUGUGUGGGUUCCUACAAGUCACGUGCGCUGUACUUUAUGUCAUUUACAAACUUACCCUGCAGCAUAAAGACGAGUGGACGCGUCUCGAGGUGACCGAAGUGGAACAGCUUCCUCCGCGUGCGUUCCGUCACGGCCCGGGGCCCGCGUAAUUGUUUAUUCGUUCACUUAAAGCGAGUGAGCGCAGGCUUGUUAGGAACGUGUGGAGCGGGAGACGAGAAGUGGUUUGCACUCUUUAAAAUGAAAUAAAAAUCCUCCAGCUAUGCCCUAGUCAGCUGGUUCCCAGUACCGUUUCUACUUGGUUAACAGUGUACAUUUUGAUAACCUGUCAGGAAUGAAUAAAGUAUUUUUAUUUAAAGGUGAAA